ACUUCUUUUUUUAUUACAGAUUUUUGCUAUCCAGCUCCUGUCCCACUUGUGUACACAGUAUGCAUUGCCUAAAUCUCUGAGUGUGGCUCGCUUAGCCAUUAGUGUGAUGGGAACUCUGCUCACAGUUCUUACACAGGACAAGCGCUUCUCUUUCUUCAUGCCCACCCUGCCCUGUUUGGUGUCGUUCUGCCAAGCCUUUCCCCCUCUCUACGAUGAUGUCACAGCCCUGCUGAUUCAGGUUGGGCAGGUUUGUGCCUCGGACGUGGCCGCCAAAGCAAGAGAUAUAGACCCCCUCAUCACACGGUUCCAGCACUUGAAGGAAAAGCCGGAUAAAACAGCAAGGAUUUCAAAAGCUUCUCUCCAGAGAAGGUUAGCUGGGGAGCAGGCAAGCACAGACCCAGAUGUACGACUGUGUUACCGUAUUGAAGCCACGUUCAUGGAGAUUGUUAACAUGACAGUUACUGGUGUAUAACUUGAUAGUGACACACUACUUUUUACCCUGGGACGGCAUCCUACAGGCUUAAAAUGACCCAUUUUCAGCAAUGAACUACAGAACUCUUUGUACCGAUAACAUGCUGCUAGCCAAGCUAUUUUGCGGGGAAACACAACUCACACAGUCACCCUGCUUGAAAGCACACUUUAAUUUGGUAUAAUAAGGCACAAGUAGUCCUUCACCCUGCCUUAUGAAAAGCUAAUGAUUUGAUUUUCAGAAAUACAAUUUUAUAUAUCUGGGUGGUAUAUAAGCUUUUUGUAAUAGUGUCAUGUUCAAGCAAUUCACAUUCUUGGGAAUUCAAUGUUGAAUUUCACACAAGGCCAAGAAAAGAGAUCUACAGAAGGAAAGAGUAGACAGUCGUUGCAUGGAUGCCUUUUCACGAAGGAAUGUUUUCUAGCAGAUUUUAUUUCUAUUUAAAGUUAUUAUCAGAGCAGCAGAGGAUAUACAUGUGUUUUGUAAAAUUCUUAGUGGACAUUUUACCUAUUCAGGUUCUGUGCUGUGUUGAUAGGUUGUGGAAGGUACUGCAGCUACUGGUCUGUUUUCUGGACCACUCCACACAACGUAUAAAGCCAUUUGCCACACUUGACUUUUAAAGAUAACUUUUGGGGAGUUCUGUAAUAUUUUCAAUGCAAGUAUGUUAACUGGGCAGGCAAGCUGGCUGGAAGUGUAGUGUGUGUUGAAUAGUCUUGCAUUUGCUGUAGAAUUUAGCUUUUUUCAACUUUUGUAAUAAAGUCUUUGAACAGA